AAUUCCAAAAUCUUUCAUAUCAACUGCUUGUCGUCGUCUACUAACAUGUAUUCAUUCAUUCUUAAUUUAUUCAAUGUCUCGUGGAUCACGAGAUGAUAUUAAAAUAUCAAGAAAUAUGUCGACGUGACCUUCCCAUGGGUCGAUAAAUACCCAUGCGAUUUCCAAAUAUAGAUCACUGCACAAAGCAUUACUUUCUUCUAAGGUUGUAAGAUAUUCGCAAGGUUAUCAAGCGUAGGUAAAACAGAUGGCCCAAAAGCUGGAAGCAAAGGGUGGUAAGAAAGGAGGUGUAUGGGAUGAUGGUGUUCACGACGGUAUUAGAAAAAUAUAUGUAGGUCAAGGCCAAGAUUGUAUAGCCUUCGUCAAGUUUGAAUAUGUCGAUGGUUCUGAAGUGGUUGUUGGGAAUGAACAUGGAAAAAAGACGCUGCUAGGAACUGAGGAGUUUGAGGUUGAUGCAGAUGACUACCUCAUAUACGUGGAAGCAUUCCGUGAUAAAGCAACCGAAGAAACAAUCGUGGAUCUCAAGUUCGAGACUUAUAAAGGCAAAACCAAUAAGCACAUCGAGACAAGUCCAGGGGUUAAGUUUGUUCUCCAUGGUGGCAAAAUCAUUGGGUUUCACGGGCGUUCGAGCGAUGUUCUACACUCCCUUGGAGCCUAUGUUACUUUCCCAUCAACUCCUAAAUUGCAAGGGAAGUGGAUUAAGGUGGAGCAAAAGGGACAGGCUCCUGGGCUAAGAUGCUCACAUGCCAUAGCACAGGUAGGAAACAAGAUUUACGCAUUUGGUGGCGAGCUCAUACCAAAUCAGCCCAUCGACAAAGACCUUUACGUCUUUGACCUUGAGACCCGGACUUGGUCAAUUUCUCCAGCCACAGGAGAUGUUCCCCACCUCUCUUGCUUAGGCGUCCGCAUGGUGUCUAUUGGAUCAACCCUCUAUGUCUUUGGAGGCCGAGACGCUUCCAGAAAAUACAACGGCUUCUACUCUUUUGACACGACAAAGAACGAGUGGAAACUGCUAACUCCGGUCGAAGAGGGACCCAUUCCUCGUAGCUUCCACUCUAUGGCAGCCGAUGAGAACAACGUUUAUGUUUUCGGUGGAGUGAGUGCUACGGAGCGGCUCAAGAACCUAGACGCUUACAACAUCGUUGAUCAGAAGUGGGUGCAGUGUGCGACUCCAGGAGAAUCCGUUAGCAUAAGAGGAGGAGCUGGGCUCGAAGUAGUGCAAGGGAAGGUUUGGGUGGUUUAUGGAUUCAACGGUUGUGAAGUAGAUGAUGUUCAUUACUACGAUCCUGUUGAAGACAAGUGGACACAAGUGGAAACGUUCGGAGAGAAGCCUUCCGCGAGGAGUGUUUUCGCUAGUGCGGUUGUUGGUAAACACAUUGUGAUAUUUGGAGGUGAGGUUGCGAUGGAUCCACAAGCUCACGUUGGCCCGGGACAAUUGAUCGGUGGGACCUUUGCGCUGGACACAGAGACAUUAAAGUGGGAGAGGUUGGAUAAGUUAGGUGAAGACGAGGAGACUCCAGAUAUUAGGGGAUGGUCGGCUUCCACGAGUGGAACUAUUGAUGGUAAGAAAGGGCUGGUGAUGCAUGGUGGGAAAGCUCAGACCAAUGGCCGCUUUGAUGAUCUCUUCUUUUAUGGGAUUGAGUCAGCUUAAAUACUUUGAAAAGUCGUUUGGUGAUAACUAUUUGUGAUUGUGUUGUGUCUAUGUCAUUCAAUAAGGGAGGAUCAUGGUGGUUGAUACCAUAUGAUCCUUUAUCAGCUUGUUCGUUUUUUUUUCUGUAUGUUUGUUUCAUGUUUCGUGUUUGUAUCAAUAAAUUGUUUUCUUGGUUUAUAACUAAAUGAGCAAUGAUGUAUGUGUUGGAAACUCCGAAAUGAGCCAUUUAUCAUGAAUAAAAUCAUUUGUGCUA